AUGUCUAAAGUUUAUCAAAAAAUAGAUAUUAACAGUUUAGAUUUCGAACGUUCCUAUACCCUCAAAGAAUUUGAGUUAAUCAAUAAACAGCUCAAGACACAUUCCUUAGAAAUUGACGGAAAAUCAGUCGAUCUCUUUGAACUCGAUGCAAACGGCAAGCUACUCCCUAUGCCGCAAGCAACUAUUG